AUGGAAUUCGAAGUAUUUAAACAACAGAAAAACAACCAAAAGCUUCAAUUUCGACAUUUCUACAAUACUUCAGUAUUAAAGACUUUGAAAGAAACACUCCCACCUAGUGGUGAUAUAUCAAAGAUUAUUUUUGAUGUCAUACAAAAGUUUUCGCAAGGAUCACAAUUAACAGUCUCUCAAAUUAUUGAUCUAUUGUUAUGUAAGUCAGACAGAAAUUUUAAAUCCCACCGUUUAGUCGAAUGUUUUACCGAUGAUGUCAUUAAUAAUCAACGUAACGAAAACGAUUUAAUACAAUAUGUAGAAAAUGAAAAUGCAGUGCAGCUCAUUUUGAAUAAUCAAGAACAAGCUAUGCUUAUAGAUUUAGCACAUAUGAACAUCGAAUAUAAUCGAAAUCAAAUACUGACAGAAGCAACUAUGACCGAAUACUUUGAUGAUCCACAAGUACCUGACUAA